UGAGUGGGUGGUCAGCAAUAUGAGAGCUACAGCUGGACUUGUGAUAUUGCUUUUUACAGUUUCUCAAGGUGUGAGUGAGCCUUGUGAUGGCAGAAAAGAAGGGGCUCAGUGUUAUGGACAACUGGAUGGAGAAAUAGAAAUUAAAUUGAUGGACAUAGUCCCAAACUAUUUUAACUGGGAUAAAGAUAGAGACGUUCAUUAUAAAUGGAGAAACGGUACGUUUCGAUAUCUUCAUCCUCUAAGAUUUAGCUUCACCCCAAGUAAUGGGACAAUAAAGAUGGUAAACCUGAAGAGGACUGAUGGUGGGAUAUAUACUCUUACAAUCUUUGAAAAUGAAGUUUCAAUUGGAGGACGGAGAAUGCAGCUCUUCAUUGAAGCUCCUGUUGCCACCAUUCAUCUGGUCUCCAUGACUCUGUCCAACGGAGAGCAGCUGGUGUAUUGUUCCUCCAAAAGAGGGGACAACCUUCAUUACAGGUGGAGUCUGAACCAAAAACCAUUGCUGGACACGGAUUUAGUUCAUGGACAUGUUCAGGCAAGCAACAUCACUCUGAAACGACACAUCUCAGGACAGCUAGUCUGCUCUGUUCGAAAUAACGUCAGUGAAAACCAGGAAGGAGUUUGUCUGUCUUGUGAUUUAGGGAUGAUAAUUCGUACCAGUGUUUUGUCAGUGAUCAUUCUCACAGUGAUCACAGUUGUGAUCUACACUCUGAAGAGAAGCAACAAGACACAUGAAGUUACAGAAAACCUGGAAUUAAUUGAUGUGAAUACAUGAGGAGAAGUAGAUACAACAGGGAGAAGAGAACAAAUAUUGCAGAGUAAAAAGUUCAGAGACUUGAUGUUGAACUGUAACAGGCAAUGUUUAUUUUAUCAGCAAGCAGAAGAUUUGGUCCGAUUUCCCUUUAAACAAUAGUUGCUAGACGACCUAAAUCUUUAGGGGUCUGCAGGAGAUGCUUUUAUGACAUGUGAAAGACAAUAUUUGUUAGUAAUAUAUUUCAUUAUACAGUUUUAUUUGCAGAUGCAUUUGCUUUGAUUUGAAUUUGUUUUACUCAUCCGUUGGAAUUGCAAAUAAGAAUCUUUUAAUUGAAUUCCAUGGAUAAAUAAAGGUUAGAGGAAAUAAUAUGGUACACACAUUUUAUUCGCGAACAUGUGUGAUGAAUAGUAAAUGUUGAGUUGUACCCUAAACUGUACAACAAAAUAAAGAGUAAAGUACAAAAGAAUAUACAAUUACUGUGUGUAUCUAUUUACAAUGCUGUGAUUUGAGUACAUUGUUUUA